CGCACCCUCAUUCGCUGUACGCUGUCACGAGCGUUCAAACUUUCACAAGGACACGAAGGGCCCGCGAUCACUUGUAAUUACUAUUGCCCAGUGGAUCCGCAAUACAAAGAGAGAAAUCUCUUAUUUCAUAAAAUUUUUCCCCUAACAUAGAAACUAAAACUUAGUGAACGAUGCUUAAAUGUCCUGGCCGUCGAAGCAUAUAAUUAUAUUAAAAUGGCAGCAACAGCCGACCAUUAAGGCAGCAGUAAAUGUUGACGUCACAGCUAACCAACAAGGUGUGGCGUAACCACCUUUAACCAGUGAGUCAACAACAGUACAGUACAUCAACAUCGAGCACUAAGUCAACAGUGGAAUAAGCGGAGGAAGGUGUAGAAACAAUUGUUUAUUGAACAGUAGAUAAGAUACAACAUAAUGGCGUGACGACAUGCCUUACCCCGCCCCCCACACCACAGAUUACACACCUCUGCCUCAUUCCCGUCAUAUUUAUAUCAUCAUUAAUGAUAAAAUUGAUAACAAUGGCGAUCACUAUUUACUGAGGUCGGCAACUCGGACAGAGGAGGUGACCCAAUCUCCUGCCAAGAGGACAGGGAUGUGCCCAGGGAAACGGGGUACCUGCCUCCUCUUUUAUUUCACUUCCUUUAUGAACUUGCUUAUAUCACUUUUUGAAGUCUGAAUGAAGUUACAGUGUCAAAAAUAAAGUGAACUGGCUGAGCCUCGCAUCUUAACUUCGUGGGUGUCCCUGCCCCUGAAGACUGGCGUAUUAUCUUGUUAAAGCAUACUAAACAGUAUAUCGAUUUACACUAAAAUUCAUUUUAGAAGAUAGGGUGGUAAUGAAUUAUAUAUAAGUUCGAAAGUAUAAACUGACUAUAUAUGCGUUAUAGGGAUAUUUGUGAGUCUGCGACGCAGUGAUGAUUUUUUUUUUAAAUACCAAUGAUGUGUACACAAUUAUGAGCAAUCAUGUAAAUGAAACAUAUACCUUUACGCAUGGAUACCAUCAUUACAAGUACGAGCCUAACUUUACGAAUUUUUAUUUAACCUUACUGAAGUAAGAUUUGGUCGUGUUGAGAUAGGGAAGCUCGUUUUAUAGGUACUGUAAUAAAAUGGGUUUUACCAUUAUAAAGUUUUUGUUUGUAUGGAGUGUUCACAAAUACUUAUCCCCAUAUCGCAAGAAUCCGUUUUAUUUCUUUCUGGCUAACCCUGGAUGAUUUUAUUCAACCGAGAGAAACCCCUCAUGCCCCAUAAUUAUUGUACUCUACAGUUUUAUGUUUGAUCUUUCCAAUUCUUAGGCUCAGUGACGGUUUGUCAAAAAAGGAAUCUGUUGACUCGAUGGAGGAAUUUACUUCUCCCAAAGAAAAUAUACAGUCUCAGGGAAAUUUGAUCAUACGCAGUGAUGUUAGCUUUAAUAAAUGUGUAAAUGUAUUUAUUUAUUUAUUUUGUAACGAACGGUGAUUCAAUACAUUAAAUGGUUUUCGAAUACUGUACCUUAUUGGAGCAGGUUCGGAUACAUUCAGGAGCCAGUAGUACCAGUACAUGCCCAGUACUUGCCAACAGUGCGUAACAGAGACGUGACCGACCGCCCAAGCGGCUAACGAGCCCGUCAGUGGCGAAGAGGACAAAAAAAAAAGUAGUGUUUUGUCCAUCUCUAAAUGGGUCGGUGGAAGCCAUCACUCGGCUUCUCAUCCGCCCGACAGCAAGUUUAAGUCUGCCUUCAAGGAGUGAUUCAUUUAUUGUUAGUUCAAUGAUUUAUACCAAGUUGGUAGAUAAUAAUCAAGACGCUUUGUAGCGUACGUUAAAAAGCAUACGGGACAUUUUGUCAUUGAAUUUCUUUCUUGAUAGAGUUGUAUGGAUAUUUCAACUACAAUUGUCCCAAUUUAUUAUGCAAAUUACAUAAAUACGAACUACUGUAGUUUCAAAAUAGACUGUUAUUGUGUGAAUCAAAAUUGCUAGGUCUGUUCUUUAAAGGACAAUCUGUCCUUUUAGAGACUUGCUUGUCCUAUAUAAGUGGUUCCCAAACUGGGGGUCCUCACCUAUUCUCUCCUCCUAAAAUUCACUUCAAUCCUCCCUUUAUUCUUCCCCUGUACCUCCUUCCCCCCUGUCACUCGCCAUUGAUUGAUUGGGGGGCGUGAGGUGGGUACAGGGGAGGCGUGAAGCCAUCUGCCAAAAUUUGUUAUUUUUUGCUCAAAAAGAAUAUAAUGAAAAAACUGUUUCAGGGUUCCAGGAGUUAACUCUCUCUGUUUGAAUCUCCCACACAUCCGGGCAAAACCAAAGUAUAGCAGUCACCCCUAUCCGUUUUCUAUCAUUUCAUCUCUUUUUUUCCUUACGCGUCUUGUACACGUCAUGGAUACCAUACUGACUCUCACACUACUCACACAACACUACCAGCCACCGAUCCUCCCUCAUCAUCAGUUACUGUAUGUUGUGGUUAUGAGAGGCAGAAAUGUUGAAGUGGCUGAAACACCGCAUUAAGAAGAGGAAUAAGAGUUCCACCUCUGCAUUUGGUAGUAGAGAUAACAACAUUGUAAAUGAUAAUAAUGAUAAAAUUGAGGUGGCAGCUGAAGCAGUUCAAGGUGAGGCAGAAGCUUGUGCUGUUGGUGGUUCUGUGGAAGAAGACACUGUCCAUAUUUUGAAGGUUAAUCCAUUAAUUCAGACAAAUGAACGUUGCUUGCAAGUAUCCGAGAUACAGGAAUUAUACCAUGAAAAUCUCCAAGAUAAGAAUUAUGUCUUUUCUAAAACUGGAAAGGAAACCACUGUAUCUUCUGAAGUGAGUAAAAUACUGCCAGAGCCUACUGAUCAUUUAGAUAAUUUCAUUUGCAAAGUAGACAGAGAAGUAAAUCCUGAGGAUUUACCUAAUGAUGUAGGUUCACAAAUACAGGACAGUGAAAAAUUUCCCAAAGUAGAGAACAGGGAAAUAUCAGAAACUAUAAGUUUUGAUUCAAUAUCAAGUGGUGAAAAAUUGAAAACAAAAGUAGUUCACCAGGCUGUGGGCCACAGAGUACUAUCAGGGCCUCAACAUAAUGAAUCAUCAUCCAUAACACAACAAAAUAUUGAAACUCCUUUACAGGAUAAAGAAUAUAUUCUUGCAGAGCAAGAGAACAUAAGCACAGGAAAUACUUCAUCAGAAUUAAAAAUACCCCAAACCGAGGAUAAGGAAUGGACAAAACAGGAGAUUGGGGAAGUUUCACAGAAAAAAAUAAGAGAAAUUAUAGGUAAUGGUAACUUGCAAUGGGAUGACACUUCUGAAUGUCAUAGCCACACUGUAGAUAAUGGCAAAGAAGAAGUACUUAUUUGCAAGCAAAUGCAUGAAAAUAAAGAGAUUAGUACAGGUUUUUCAUUCAUUAAUAAACCCUUAGGCUCAGAUAGUGAGAGUGGGUCCAUAGAGAUGAAGACAGAGUUGUGUAAUAAGGAAAGUUCCAGCAUAACAACAAACUGUUUUUCAAAUGAGACAAAGGACGUGACAUGUUUGCCACCGUGCAAUAACCAUUUUAACCUGAACAAUGAAAAUGUUGGAGAAGAAGCGUCAACUGCCUGUGAAAAAGAAGAAUUCAAAAUAGUUUACCCAACAAGUAAAAGUAAACUUGAACACUUAACUGUAUCAAAGGAAACACUUACCACAAAUUUGAACAUAGAACUACCUGCUGAAGGUUAUUCAUGUUGGUUUCCUAACCUAUAUUGUCUUCAGUUAUCUUGCCUUUAUAAUCAGCUUGGCAAAUUAUGUACUGUUUUCAAUUCUCGAUUCAUAUUAACACAUGUCAAAGAUGCUCCUGUGCUUGUUAGCUUUCUUAUUGAGGAUUCAGAAGUACCACGUGGAUGUUUGUUUCUUUGGAGAGGGGACAAAUGCUUUGUCCUGAAUGAGCUUCCGGAUGGUACUGAAGUCUGUUUUGAUGCAGUUGCAAGACCAAAUGAAAGGAAGUACACUGCUAUUGUUAUUUGGCAAGUUACUAAGCCUACAUUAAGUGUUGAGCCAUGCCUUCAUUCUUAUGUAUUUGUUGAAGAGUUGCGAGAUCUGAAGGUGAACAUAAUAGUAGUUCUCAAGGAAAUUGGGGUAGUUAGUACUGUCAUUGGAGGUGAGACUCAAAAAGCAAUCUUUCGUAAUAAUGUUGUCUACAUCCAUGGUAAGAAGGCUGAAAGAAAAGCUGACGUACAGAAACUCUGUGAAAAUAAUUCUCAACAUCUGUUAGCAGACAUUUGUAAGCUUGUAAAUGUUGAUUCUUAUGGCACACCAACUUAUAGCUUUGUGUGCUCUUGCAUAUGGUUAGGCUGUAAGCCAAUCCACUCCUGUGGAGAAACAAUCUUGAGACGGUUUACCCUUUAUGAAAAAGGAUGUGGCAAUUAUGUGGAAAUGAAACAACAGUCAUACUUGUAUUUUGAGGCAGAUGUUAAAUUGAGUAUAAGUAAGAAGGGCUAUAGUCUUGAAUAUAAAAAAGGAGAAGAAAAAAUUCUAAUUCCUUGCUCAGACAAGACAAUAUAUUAUGGUAAUAAAAGAGUUAUACCUACUAAUGGAGGAAAAGUGAAGGCCCACAUUAGCCAUCAAGUCAGUAAAAUGGGGGAAUUUUUGUGGAAAGUUUUAAUGGUCCAGGUUCCUGACACAUCACUAGUCAAGACUGGGUCAGAAAGUUCCAACCCUGUAUAUGGGUGUGAAGCAACAAUUACAGAAACGGGUGCUGCCAUAAUAUCCAAACAAGAAUACCUUUUACCUCAUUCACAGCUGAUUGGUGGCUCUCACCUGAUGGCAGGAAAUGUAGCAAAACACACAAUGGAGUUAGCGGAGAACAAAUUUGAUAUAAAUGAGUUGAAAAUAAAACCAGUUGUGGAAGACACUCACUCUAAUUUAGGAACCUCUGAUAAUAAAACUAAAUCAAAUCUAGGCAAGGCAGCCUCAGACACAGCAGAAAAGGACUUUGUUAAUGAUAUCCAGAAAACUUCUCCUCUUGACAAAAACUUGCUAAUGGACAGGCCAAUUGAUCAAACUUUAAUGAAAAUAAUUAAGAAUGAGCCAGAAGAUAUUCCACUUGAAAGGGUAUUACAGUCAAAUUGUAACUGUAUUAGUGAUAAAGGGGAAGAUGAAAAGGAGGUGGCUAACUUAAGUGUGUCUAACAAAAUUGAUUCACUUAUUAGAGACACUACCACGGAAAGUCACACCAAUUUAACAAAGUUGUCUUGUAAUUAUGAGACUGAUGAUCAUCCAAAUUUGCUGAUGAAUUGGUGUGGAGAACUGUAUUGGAUACCUGACUCUAAAGUUUUCAAGAUAUUUACUGAAGUAAAUGGGAGACCUCUUGAAUUGUUUGCGGGUCAAGAACUUUGGUGUGCUGAGGGUGCUAGUUUUUUCAAAGUUUGUAAACAUAUUAAAGGUUUACUAGUAUAUUUUGAUGCCAUUUUUGGUAACAAUGUACCAAAUGGCUCCUGUUUAGCUGCCUUGUGGGUAGGGAAGAAGCCAUAUAAAGUCUUUGAUGGAAAAAUAAUACAUUUCUAUGAUGUACCUGGUAUUUAUUGUGGUCAAGAUGGAAAUGAUAUGAAAUUCUGUGUGAGUCUUGAAGACUGUGUUACUACUAUUACCACCUGCAGUACUGAUAGAAUUUAUACAGCAGAUGGCAAGCCCUGCCCGUCAAUUCCAUUAAAUUUCUCUCUGUUUCUCCACCUCAAAAAAAUUUUAAGUGGUGGCCACACAGUUUGGAUGACACCUCUUAUAGUUUUUCAAGAAUGCUUAAAUGCCAAAAAAACGAAAGAACUACAAAGAUCAGCAUUAAUACCAAAGACAGUAACUCAGCUUGACCUCUCAUCUGUAAGACCAGCUUCAAACAUUUCGGAAAAUCGGAGUGGAGAUCUUUCUUUGGAUAGUGUAUCACUAAGCAGUCAUGAUUCUUCAGUGCAGCUCGGUCGUACAUUGGGGGCAGAUUUGCCUCGGUACAUUAAGAACUUUGCUGGAAUGUUAAUGCUUAAUGAACUUAAUGAAAUGGCCCUGUUCUGUUUCUCCAGUGGUACUGCAUUAUGGAUUUCAAUUCCAAAGAAUGGAUGUGUGUGUGCUGAUGGCAGAACUGUCAGUUUUGAAGAAAUUCCCUUGGGUACUGGGCUUAUGUUUGAUGCUUUCUGUGAUAACACAACCAGUUUGAAGUAUGUUGCUGUUAUUGUAUGGAUUGGAAUUAGACCCCAUCAUGUUGAAUGUGAUGAUGGCACAAAGUAUUUUUAUGAUAAGAAAGGUACAUAUUGUGGUGCUACUGAAAAUAAGAAGUCUGUGAAUUUACAGUUAAAUUUGGGAGGUAGAAUUCAAACUAUUACUUGCCAGAACACAGAGCAUAUCAUUUUGCCAGAUGGGAACACUGGUGUUAAGGAUUUGAUGUGUGGAAGCAAAAUAAGUGCACAUCUGAAAUUAAACGUGACAGAAGAUGUAAUGGUAAUCCUGUUCAUAUUUACUGAUGAAGAUUCCUGCUCAUACAAGCAGCCACAAACUUACAAUGAAUGGAAGAUAUCAAAUAAAGAAAACAGUGCUGCAGAUGAUACUGUAGGAUCUCAAAAUUACUUGAUGUCAGAGAAUGGUGAAGUCCUUGAAGAAACACCUGUUGAAAAUAUUGAAUGUAUUCAUGUUGAAUAUCUAACCCUUGAGGGCAGUGUACUUCAGUUGUCAAUGUGUUUGACCUCUUUCUUUGAAUGUGAUAUUGAAAAUAUACUUAUAAAUACAACUGAUGUACUUCAUUAUAACUGUAGAAGUUCUAUGGAUGGUAAUAAGAAGAGUUACCUUCUUGUUUGUUUGGAAACUAAUGAAAUAACAAGAGAGUUAAUUUAUCAUCCUUUAAUACUAUGGCAUGGCGAAAGAAAAGGUUAUCCUUAUGUUCUUUUGAACCAGAAGAUAAGUUUGCUUGAUUCAGAAAAUAAACUACAGGUACUUGUUCUUGGUAGUGUCCAGAAUGAUGCUGUCGAAUAUUGUUCUUUUGAGAAAAAUUGUGCAUUUACAAGCAAGUCCAAGUGGAAUGUCAGUGAUUUCUGUACUCAUGUGAAAACUGAAUCAUUGCCUUGUCAUAUAGUUGUUGAAGACAGCCGACCGGUAACUACUGCUGGACUUGUUGUAACGAAAAAGGUUCUCCUCAUCACUAGUAAUGUAAGACUAGCUUUAUCUUCCAUAAACACCUUCAGAUGUACUAAAACUGAGUUCAACAUGGUAUCCUCUGACAGUUAUAAGGUUCAAGAAUUAAUUCAGAUAUACGAGGAAAGAAGAAAUAAUGCUUUUCUGUGUAAAGGAGGUUACAAAUAUCACUUGUAUAGUUUUAAAUUUGACAAUGAGUGUGAUAUGAAAAUUUUAGGGGGGUGCCUACAGUUUUACACAGAGAGUAAUGGUUUUAUCUUGUGUGGGAAGAAAAAGAGUCUGGCAGUUUGUCAUAUAGCCAACAUAUACUUCCGAGGCAGAAAUAUUACAUCUUGGAAUGAUAUUGACAAAAAAUACUGGAAAAACUUUUUUGCUGUCACCUUUCCAUUGGAAGAAGUAAUUAGGAUCAAUGGUAGAUAUGUAGAUGCCAUGGCUGUAAUGGCAUGGUCAUGUAGUGGACCCAGUGUACUUACAGUACAUACCUGUGAUGUACAUGAUCCAGUUGUAUUUGUGUAUAAGAAUGAAUGUGCACAUAACCUGGUUAGUAAGCUUUCAGAAGAGUUAUCUUUAUGUGCAUCAUCUCAAAAAAGUAAUGAAAAAUAUGAAAAUACUAAUGUAAAGGAAUUACAGGCCUUAGACUGCAAAGAAGGAAGCAACAUUUUCAGUUUCCAUGACCAAAUAUUACAGUGUUGUGGCUUAAGGAAGACCACUGGUGAAGUUAAAUAUUUUGAUGAGCAUUUAGUUGUGUGCACCAGUAAACUGAAUGAAAUGGUUUGGUGUCACUUGUCUGAUUUUUACAUUAAAGAUGCAAAAUGUGGUGUCAUUGAAGAUCUAAUGCAGCUCAAAAAACAGAAAUGCUGUCUCAUAGUAAUACAUUCUCCUGCUGUUGUUCUUGGAGGGAAAACAGUAGAUUUAAAAGCUGUAUUGGGAUUUAUUGAACCAGUGACAACUCUCCCAGGAAUUCAUAAUUGUAGUGACCACAAUGGCAUUUUGUUGAAGAGUAUUAUUGGGGAAGAAUUGGCUAUUGCACAGGAAGUUUAUAAUGACAUUCAAAUACUUUGUGAACAAUCUGAUGAGUGUGCUGCUCAUCUCCUUGACAAUAUUUGUAACAGUGGAAUUGAUAAGGCAUUUUUGUCAUCAGAUACCAUGAAUGCCAGAAGCCACAUACAAUGCACAGGAGUCCUUGUAAGUGUUAAUGAUACAGACCCAAACAAGGGUGUGGUCAGUGUGCAGCAUCAGGGAAAAGAGUACUACAUUUAUGUGCAUCAUCACAACUUCCUUGAUCAAAACAAAGCCUUAAUGCUGCAUAAUUUUAUUGGUUGUCCUCUCAAAUUGAUGCUUAAAAUUUCUAAGGCUUCAAAAGAAUGUAGUAAUUUCAGAGUUGUUUUGGCAUGGAGAGAUCUUGCCAUUCCUUCUGUUCUGUCUCCUGAUUCAACAAAUAAAUUCAAAUUAUGUGGACCAUCUUCAAGGACAGAGGGGAUUUGCUGUCCAAGAGCCUUUGUAAUCAAACAUUUUGAUCAUGUGUGCACAACAAGUUUGUUUAAGAUCUUGGAGGGAAAAAAGAUGAAUUCUCAUCUUGAGAGUAACAAAGUGUCUUUCAUAUGUUCCCAAGGAGAAAAUAAUUUGGAAGUACAGGUAUUGUGUUGCAAAGAUUCUCUUAAAACUCUGAAUGGAAGUUCAAGUGAUGAUGACAGUCCAUGGUGUAUAUUGGUACAGUUACCAUUAGAAAAGGACUUGUGGGAAGGUGUAGGAGCAUGGAAAGGCAAUGUUGAUAAUAUAAUUGUUCAGGUGUGUGACAUUCACAAAGCUCAGCUUUUGGAUGUGACACUUCUUAAAAGCAGCCAAUGUGAUAACAUUUCCCAUAUGGCAGAGUCAGUUCCAGUUCGAAGAAAAUAUAAUAGUGAGUCAGUGUAUAAUAAACCAUUGGAUUCACCAUGUUUAUGUGGAAUAUCCAGUGCAGUUCACAGAAGUGAUCCAUCCCUGAAUAUAUCACAAGCAGCAUUUUCCACAUCCAGAGAUCACAGUGAUGUGAGUUUUGGAUCUCUCCACACUUGGUUGAAUUGCACAUCUCUAAUAAAAAAGUGUGGAGGGAUCAGCCAUGCUGUGUCCAUUGGAGACAGCAACUGUGGAAAAUUUGUGGCAGAUUUGGAUGUUCAACAAGAUCGACACUCUCCUGCUGUUAUGUUACCUAACGAAUAUGAAAAUUUGCAAAACAAAACUCUCCAAACUAACAAAACGGUUGAAAUUAAAGUCCAGCAGUCUUCUGUCAGUAGGAUAGUUGAUGAAACUGAUUUGAAAUUGUCUGAAGUUCAUCUUGCCAAACCAUAUUUAGGUAUACAUAAUGAGUAUGCCAAAAACUCCAUAUCAGAUAUGAAACUUCAGAAAAAAUCAGAACAGUCUAUAGAAGGCCAUUCCUUGUUACCCAAAAGUAUUAGAGUACCAGAUGGUCCGUGUUUCAGCACUGAAGAUGAAUUGCAUCCAGAAGAAUCUGAUGAAAAAGAUAAAGAACUGCAAUCUAUACUUGUGUUAGAUAAUGAACCACAAACUUUAAUAGGUUGCUUGUUUAGUUCCAGUUAUUCCACAUAUGGCAUCCUGAGAAGUGGCAGUGGAUAUAUACUGUUUACAAGGGAGUUAGUCUACCAUAACCAUCGUAAAAUAAAGGCAAAUAAGACACUAGAAGAAGCUUUAUCAUUGAAGUGUGUCAAUUCUGUAAUUGUGAAACUUAAGCAACCCAUUGAGAUAUUAACAUGCCAGGUUACUAAUAUUGCUCUGUUGGUAUGGACUGGGAAUAAGCCAUUAACUUUUGAAUAUAAAUAUGAGGAAAUCUUUGACAUGUACAGAAAAAAAUGGAAGGUAGAACAACAUACGGUGCCACAAAAAAAAGUUUCAAAUGCAUCCUCAAAGUCAGUAAUCGGUAAACACGGGGAAGAUGAUAAAACUGCAAGCCAUCAACACCAGGUGAAGGACAGGAGCCAGCACCCUACCAAUGAAACACAGCUUUGGAACACAAAGGAUACAACAAUGGAUGAAACUGUGAAUUUUAGAGAGUUUGAUUUAUUAAUGAAAGAUAAGGAAAUGAUUUUCAAGGAAGAUCCAUAUGCAAUUUCAUGGUGUUAUCUACUUUUAGCGGACAAUGAAUUUGCUCUACUGAAUGCUAACGCUAGAAUAGUAAUUGUUCAGAAAAAGAACUUCUACAUAGAUGGUUUUAAGUUACCACCAUCUUAUCCCCUGUCUGCAUGCCUAAAAAAUGUAGACGAUAUUAAAGCCUAUAUUGUUGGACUGAAAAACCCAAUAUGUACAAAACGGUAUGUCAUUUCAGAUAUUGCCCUGUUGGCUUUUGUACGUAAGAUGCCUCAAGAGGCAGAAGGAAUCCUUAAAGGCUGGGAAAAACGAGUAGGAAAUCUGUCAGCCCAGAGUUUUCGAGGUUUACCAAGGAACUUGCCAAGUAUUACAGUUCCUAAAACACUUGAAACUAAAUCAGCAAAUAUAUGGCACCUUAUGGGACACUCUGGAAUUUUAGAAGUGAAAAGUGAAAUGUCAGAGAAGACAUUUAGGGUCUUUUUUAAUAAAGAAAACGUCUUUAUCAAUAAGAAACCGAUACCUGAAAUUUAUUCUCUUGCAAGGAGUUUGGGUCCGCUGAAAGCUGAAACCUGGGGAUGUUCAGCCCGUUGGAUGCCUCAUAAUAAACUCAAGAAAAUCUGUGGUUUUGAGGUUCACUAUUUAGCAAAUAUUGUUUGGUAUGGUGAGAAACCUUCAAAAAAUGAUAAACAAACUGAACCUGGGAAGCAAUGUAAACAAGAACAAGUGUUGCAGCAAAAUGCAAAAUUGCCUGGUAAUAUUGCUGCCGCAUCAGGAGAAACAGCUUCAUCUCUAUGCAGUCUACAAAGUGAUGGAUUAGCCCACCUGGGCACAGGCCACCGACCCACAUCGGGGCCUGGGGGCAAAAAUGAAAUACAUGGAUUUAGAAAAUCAUGCAAAGAAACUGAAAAAACGGAGUCAGUGGCAGCAAGAUUGAGGAAACAAAUGCAGAAUAUUCAGGAAGGAUCUCAAUUAGUUCAUCCCUCAACUGGAGCCAAACAAAAAAUGAAACAAAUUAAUGUUUUGUCUUUGAGCAACAAUAAAAAUAUGGAUGUUCCAAGAGGCCAUAUUGUUGAUCUUCGUUGUCAAGUUGGUCAACUAAGGUUAGAAAGCGGUGAUCACGUGUCCUUCUCAAGAGAAAAGUGCUUCUUAUACGGAAUCUGCCUAAAUAAGGUGGACCUACGGCUUGUAUUGUCAGUUGAGAUGGAGGUUGACUAUGAGCUUACUGAUGACAUGAAGGAUGUGAAGGGAGUGUGGGCAGGAAGUACUUCACCUCUUGACUCAAUAAACCUUCUCCCAAAACUUAGAGCAUGGUGUGAAGUUUACAGUGUACCACACGCUGCUGCUGAUUUACUGAUGAUGGAGGCUGGUGGGCUGCCGUCCUGUUUUAACCCUACAAUUGAUUUAAAUGAAGAGAAAGAAGUGGUGGAACUAUAACAUAUCUUAAAGAGCAACACAGCUUAUACUUUUUUCAAUUUCAUGUAUGGUAAAUUGUGAAAAACAGCUGAGUAGUCAUUGGAUCUUGAUUGUUCCAUUGUUAAUAUUCAACAAAUAAUGUGCACUGAUUAUUUUAAGUAUUACUUAGUAUAAAAAUGAUCAUAAUUAAUGUACUGUACUUACAUAAUACAAUACAGUAUAAAUUAAAGAAUGAAUUUGGGCAUUUGCUGAACAGAAGUAUGUUAGUUACUCUAGCUGUACUCUAUCAGCAGUACUGUACUUUUUAUUAUUUUUAUACGAUAAUUCCUAAUAGCAUAAUUAAAUCAGUACUGUAAUGUUUUCAUUUACAUUGAACAAACUAAUACGAGUAUAAAGAAUGCAUAAGGUAGGUCAGGAAAAAAUAUGCUUAGUAGCUUAAGAUGUUUGGAAAUUUUUUUGUGUUGAGUGAAAAUCCUAAUUGUUUUAUUCCAUGUGUAGUCAGUGUGGUGAAGUGUCAUAUUAUACUUAAAUUACACUUAAAGGUGCUAUUUUUUGGCUGAUUUAUAUGCACUCACCUUUCACCUUAUAAUACUGAGUUGUCCCAUGAGGCAUGUUAAUAAUGUACAGUGUAUUAGAAUAAGAGUGGGGGAGAGGGGAAUUUGUGCUUCUUUAACUGACUUCAUUUCAUUUAGAAAGGAAAUAGAAAUUAUGUGUGUGUGUGGGGAAGGCAUGAACUCCAAAAAAGGAAUAAAGUAGUCCAACAAAACUUGAUAUUUAAACAUACUACUGUAUUAGAAGAUUUUAGAUCAGUUCAGUAAUAAGUACUGUACAGGUAUUCUCCAUCCUUAUGAUCCCAGUGUUUGACAGCACUACUGAGAGCCUUGGCAAACCGUUGUUUAUACUCUUCUGUCAGUCCCAAGUUAUGAACACCCAACUAACAAACAUCCACACCAAAGAAUGGGAUCCCAUCUUAUUCAUCACCAAAAUCUGGAACUAAAAUCCCAUUUUUUACAUUAAUUUCAUAAUUCUACAUUGUUUAACAUCACUUUAUUUACAGUACAGUAUGUGUAUAUGUACACCCACUAAAAAAUUAUUCGGCACCCGUGUCGUAUUGUAUCAGCCGUAAGGGUGCCCCAAUUUUUUUAUUUGGUGUACAUUAAUUUUGAAGUAUUAUGUACAGUAAUGUUGUACACCAAACAUUACUGUACACCCAAUAAAAAAUUAUUUGGCACCCUUACGGCCUGAUACAAUAUGAGACGGGUGCCGAAUAAUUUUUUAGUGGGUGUACACACACACACACACAACAUUAGGUACUUUACAUACCUGUAAAUCAUCCUGGAUCAUCCAUAAAAUUUAUUUAAAGUACAGUAUAUCAUAGGAAAACACAUUCAGGGAAGGAAAAUGGGCAAAACACAAAAAAUAUUUUUUUUAUUUUGCUCUUCUAAUAACCAUAAGUGUAACAGACUCAACUGUAUGAUGAUCUGUGAUUACAUAAGCUAAAUAAUUUGAUUAGUUAUUGUUUCUUACCAUGAAGUUUUUACAAAUUAAAUGUUUGUGAAAAUGACUGUCAUCGGGACAAAUGACUUUCGGAAAGUUUCCCCUCCAUGCUUUGAGUCUUGCAAAAUAGGCUGUGAGUUAGCCUUAAGAUUUAGGGACCUUCAAAUUUUGUGAUCUAGAAUUAAGGUGGCUAUUUAAUCUUGAGAGAAACUUAUGAUUUGUUUAAAGAGGCUGGAUGUACAAAGAAAUCUUCUUAAAAUGCACUAUUUUAGUCAUAAAUUAAUUUUUCCCUCUAAUGUAUACUGUAAAAAUACAAGUGUGUGUACAGGGGUAUUAACGUUCUCAUAAGAGAGGAUGCAAGGCUAAUUAGUUUUGAUCAUAAUUAAUACAGUACUGUAGUAGUACCAUCAUCAUCAAGUACAGUACACUUUUCUUUUCUUUCAUUUUUUAUUCAGAUUUUGUUAUUGAAAUUAUUAAUUUUAACACCAUUGUACUGUACAUACUACUGUGCUGUGUAAUUGACCUCAGGUUCUACAGCCUUCAUAUGCACAGCCCUUUUCUAGUCUCAAUUAUUGUGGCACCUUUUAUUAUUUUAUUUCUCAUCAUAAUACUGUAAGUGGUUUUUAUCCUCAUUUACCUAAAAUAUUGCAAUGUCAAUUCUGCCUGAUCAAACAACAUAGGGUGACAUGGGAGGAGAGGAAGUGAGUUGCCACAUUCUAGAUACUCACAAUCUCUUUAUUCUAAGGUCAAAUUAGAUAUAUAAUACAGUACAUUAUAUUGUAUUUUUUAUCCUGUUAUUGAAGGUGUUGUAUUAUUUACAAAUGGUUGUACGCCGUAAGAGGCUGAUCAUAAAGGGAUAUAAUAAUGAAUCGGUAAAUACAAAAGCAAUAUUCAGACCUGUGGAGUGUGGCAUCACCCAUUCCCCCAACUGCCUGCCUGGUCACCGAUGUACAGGGGGUAUUCUCUUUGCGGUCUAGAUACACACCUCUCAGUAGGGUUAGAGCAAAUCUGAGUACGUACCUGAACACCACUGUGUUCGGUGAUAUAAUCUUAUCCUUUCCAUUCCAUAGGAAAAUUUUAUAAUUUUAUGCAUUUUUUAAAAACCAUAUACCCGUAGUGUAUUUCCUGAUAUAGAGUUUAGGAAAGUUCUAUUUUUGGAGAACAGCAUAAACCUCUGAUCCUGCCUGGAGGUAAAUUGGAUCUCCAUAGUAUAUUCCUGCAUAGGGUUUUUUUUUAUGUACAUCUUCAUACCCAGUCGUAGGGCAAUUGGGAAUCCUUCAGUAGGUCUGUCAAUUAUGACCCAGUUGUUCAUUGUUAGCAUUUUAGUUGUUUGUUUGUGCAGUUCUUGUGUCGGUCUUUCCCAUUAAGGCUGAGUAACCCAUCAAACUACUAACAUUGUUAAUGUUCACUUCUGACUAGUUUUAUGCCAUUUUUCCCUCACCUUCAUUCUUCACUGUUCCCAUUAUGUCAUUUGAUUUAAGAUCUUCUCUUUCUGCAGAAAAUAUUUGGGGAUUAUUCCCCAUACAGUAAUCUUAUAUCUUGUAAUGUGGCUUCUUGCAUUCAAGUAGGUGACUUCAGGAUAAUGAUUAUUGAACUAUUGGCAAUGGAUUGGGGGUCCACCCUCCUUAUUGUGCAUUUUCUAAAUAAAUUUUUGGCUAAUUCUCAGACAACAUUAAUCACUGUUAUGUUUGCUCUCACCCAGAUAGUAAUACACUUUGUUCUUUCUAAUUUCCUUGAUAAACUGGGAAGUAGUGAAUAGGUUCCUCUUCCUAGGGACAAUGAUGUACAGGCUUUUGUUUUGGUUUGUGGUCAGUACAGUAACAGUUAGAUUCCUAGUUAUCAUAGUGUGCUCACUUUGAAACUACUAGUGCUAAUGGAUCAUUAUUGGAAUGGAUACUUAUAGAGUGUUAAUUGUUAUAAUGAAUGGUGCUAUAUCUGCAUUACCGGAAUAUUCAAGCCAGCUUAUUGUGGUUUGUGGCAUUGAAAGGUCAGUGAUGAUUAUGGCUGUGCCAGUGUGGGUAUAGGCAACCUAUUAGUUAAUGACGUAUAUUUAGCCAGGCCUACAUACAUGUUGAAUAUGAUCAGUCACUAAGUUAAUGCAGCAGAAAACCACAGUGCAGUUAUGCUAUAGAAGCUACUGCAUCACAAAGGUGAUGUCACACUGAAAAUUGCCCUUUUUUUAAGAUUUAGGACUUAAUUUCUAUUUAAUUUUAUUAUAUGUUUUUAUCACCUGUGUAAUAGACUAGCUUGUGAGAGAGACUACCUUCUGUGGUGAAGUAGCCCACUAGCCUCCUAUCCUAUAAUAUCACAGUAUGAGAAACUCGUAUUAAAUCCUAGGAUUUACCUCUCCAAAGUACUGUAAAUGUCUAUUUACCAAGAUAUUUUCAUCCAAUCUUAUUAACUCAAAAGGGGUCUCGAUAUUGUAGCUGUAGUGUAUAUUUUUUUAUAAUUAAAGUAUGAUGAGGAAAAUCAGCAUUCCUGCUUAUUGUAGUCAUUAGUUUACCGGUACAUUUUGUAUCUGAAGCUACUGUUUAUAUAGUUUACUAAUAAAGUUUAUCUUUACAGUACUGUACGUAUAUCAUGCAAAACGGGUCAUGCAGCCUUUAUCCAAAAACCUUGUAACUGAUUGCAUUUCAGUAUUCAAAUAUUUUUGGUAUUUGGAUGCCUAGCUCUACUUACAUUGCAGUAAAGUAAUCUAAGCCUAGGCUAGACUACAUAGGCACUGAUCCAGGCCUUGAAUUCAUGUUCAGCUAAUGUCUGCCAUAUUGUAUCAUUAAAUGACAUAGCAUAAUCACAAAAAUAUACAGUUUCCUCACAAUCCAAUUGUACACGUUGAACCUGUGCAGCUUUUCACAUUCCUUAAGUACUGUAUUGGCAAAAUUUAUUUGAGUGUUUUUAUCCUUUCAUCCAAGAUACCUAGAAAUAUAUGCUUCAUACUCACAGUAGAGCCUGUUAAAAAAAACUUAAACUUUUAUAUGAGACUUUUUGUAUACAGUAAUUUUUUUUUUUUUUAUUAAAUUUGCUCAAUCUGUAUUCUAUAAGGCACUUCAAGUGCUUGCACUGAUUAUUUUAUACAGUACUGUGCUUAUGUAUGUGAAGAACUGUAUUAGACUAAGUAUUAAUGUGCUGGUCAUUGAUUGCAAAUUACAUUGUACUGCACUGUAUUUCAUGAUAUAAGGAAUGUUUAUAUGACAAGGCCUUUUUUUAUUAUUUUCAAUUGUAAUCGUUUUAUGAGUGAAUGUUUCUGCAAUGUGCAAGUGAUUUCCUUUAACAAAAUGAUACUGCAGAAUAAUGGAAUACAAAUAAAUUAAAAAUGAUAAAAAUAA